UCACAGAACCUGGGCAUGGAUGUGCUGGAUAAGGUCGAUGAGAUGAUCAUCGGCGGCGGCAUGGCCUUCACAUUCCUCAAAGUCCUCAACAACAUGGAGAUUGGUACCUCUCUAUUCGAUGAGGAGGGCGCUGGUAUCGUCAAAGACCUGACGGCCAAAGCUGAGAAGAACGGAGUCAAGAUUACAUUGCCCGUUGAUUUUGUGACCGCAGACAAAUUUGAUGAGAAAGCCGCCACUGGCACUGCAACCGUUGCUGCUGGAAUUCCCGCCGGCUGGAUGGGUUUGGACUGCGGAGCAGAGAGCUCCAAGCUGUACGCUGAAGCAGUGGGUCGGGCCAAGCAGAUCGUGUGGAACGGUCCCGUCGGCGUGUUCGAGUGGGAUAACUUUGCCAAAGGAAUGAAGAACCUGAUGGACAAAGUGGUGGAGGAGACCAAAUCAAGCUGCAUCACAAUCAUCAGUGGGGGCGACACUGCUACUUGCUGCGCCAAGUGGGACACAGAAGACAAAGUUAGCAAUGUGAAAAGAGUCACUGGAUUCCUGUUGAGGCUGGGAGACAGCACCGAAAAGUCACGGCGACCGCAUAACUCGAUGGGAAAGCUUGCCCGGCAACAGGGGAUGAGCAGUGAGGCUAUCUCCACUAUAAAAACUGUGCCAAAGAACGAAACAGCUCUCUCCAAGACACCACUGAAAAAAAGCUUUUUCAGGACUUCUAAGCCCCAUAUCUGGGUGGAGGCCAUCACUUCCGCCCCGUCCACCUGUCAGGUGCCCUCGCCUGCUUUAAUGGUGGCAGCAGAGAGGGGGAGGCAGGAGGGAGGGGUGUUGAGUAGGAACAGUGGUCGACAAGCUGCUGGAUCCCAUCCCUGCCUUCAUGUGCCAACCCUGCGUUACAGUUUAUUUCGCAGCCUCCCCUCUCCUCCGCUAUGCUCGGCCAAGCCUCUCAGCAGGUCUCUCUCCGCAGAAGAGUUCUGUCGCCGUACAGGGCGGCAUCUCUGUGCUCAAACCCAAAGUGGCAAGCAGCCACCUCCACAACAUAACUAA